GCAGCCUCCAGUCGCUAGGCAACAGCGGCUAAGCGCUUCCAUAGAGAUAAUUAUGCAGCGCUACGGCCGCCUGUGUAGCCGGUCGCUUCCCUUAAUCUCGCGAGAGCUCCGCAAGAUGGAGGAAGGGGAUGGCUGUGGCGAUAGCCUUUUCUCGCUGGAGUUAUUGGUGGAGACAGCACGCGUGGAGCCGCGGCUGCUCCCGUCGCCUUUGCCUGCCAGCGGCCCCUUUCGCCCAGCGGUGGCGCUUCGGCUUCUGGACUUCCCAACCCUGCUAGUCCGCGCCCCCCGUUGCGUGCCGGGGCCUCUGGUGCCCUUCGGGAGGGGCAAGUCGUGCCUCUUCAGGCUGCGGCCCGAUGCGCUGAGGGGCCUCCUGAGACGCUCCCCUCUCCAUGCGCUGCUGCUGGCGCUUCCCCCGACCGCGGGUCCCGCUCGGUUGCUGGGCUCCUGCAGCGUCUCCCUGGCGUCCGCCGCUGAAGAGUUGCUGCUGGGAACCGGCCCAGGAGGGCGAAGAGGCCGUUUUCCGCUGCGGGACCUGAUGGGGGAGCCAGUGGGGGAACUGGGGCUGAGCUACCGCCUUAGCAACCUGGGGUCUACUCUGCUGGGGCAUUUGGAGGAAAGCACAGUCUCAGAGGAACUCCAUAGGGAGGAGGAGCUGAAGUGCCCACCACCGUCUCCCACCCCUCUGGUCACCCAAAGCGAGAGGGGGCUCAGCCUGGAGCUCAUUCCAGAGGUAGAGGAGGAUCAAGAUCUUGAAAAUGGCAGUCUGCAAUCUUUUAGUAGCUCCCACACAGAGCCACAGCCCAGUGACAUUGCCAGAGAACUGGAGACUGAGGCCAAUGUCUUCUGUCCCCCACCAAUGUACUAUAACUGCCCAGUUGAAGAUUGCUGCCCUGCACCUAAAGCCUCUGAACUUGUGACAGUUGCUAAACAGGAGUCUGUUCAGAAAGAGGAAAAUACACUUCCAUCUGCAGUCCCUAUUAAAGAGGAUGAGCCUUCAAGAAGUGGCCACAACGUGUCUCCCUCACCCCAGACCUUGAUUAACCCUCUGCAGCUCAGACAAACCUUGAGUCAGCUACCUCUGCUGAAUGCACUGCUGGUGGAGCUGUCCCUGCUGAACAACCAAACCCUGCAAUCAGGAACAUCCUUUGUGCACCCACAAUUAGCAUGGCUAUACCAAAAUGUAGAAGAAAGCCCCAAAUCCUCGCCUCCAUGUAUAAAAAGUGUAAGUCCCCCCCGAGAGGAUAAGAAAACUCCUCAUCGCAAAGAGAGAGGAAGGUCCCCUACCCUCAUGUUAAGAAGAGGUCACGCAGAGAACUUAAAAUGUAUUUCUCCCUGCUUCCAGCGAACCUGGACUGGAUUUAAAGCCUCAGUCUAUGAACGAAUGGGCAGUCCUGAGAAGAACAGCAAGGAAAACUCUCCCCCAAGAAGGAAGCUUACAUAUGGGAUGACAAAUACUCUUAGACUUCGGUUGCAGCAGACCAAUCCAGGCAUGUUGAAAGUUCACGAAAAAAGAGAACAUCGUAGGAAAAAGCAAGCAAAUGUAUUCAUAAGAGGCAGCACUUCCUUACCCAAUAGUAAAAUGCUCCAGUGUUCUCAUGAGCAUCAUCCAAAGCCUUCUGGCUCUGCACACUCUGAAGAAAGAGGCAUUUCAGACCAAAAUGUUCAAUUUAAUGAAAAUAUUGAGACAUUAAUACAAUGUAGCGUUGAACAAGAUAGUUCUACCACCGGAAAAGAACUAAAUACUGAUUUCCAAAACAGUGUUGCAGGUUGUCAUGUGAAGAGUCAUGAAAAUAUAAAGGAAAGAUGCCCAUUUAAAAAGGUGGGCUCUGGUUAUAAAAAGAGGCGGUUGAAAGUCCAUCUGCCAAGAGUCUCUUUACAGGAUACAGAUGGUUUAGAAAAUAUAAUAGAUACAGAAGCAGAAAAAUGUGCACAGGACAAGGAUUGUGAGUUUUCAGUGCUACAAAAUGCCAGCCAAACUAAUAAUGUUGAAAGCUGCCAUGAAUGUGAAAAUUCAGAUGAUCUCAGUGUAAACUGUGAGAAUGGAGGCUAUUCAGAAGAUUUUACCAAUGCUGAUAGUUCCAGCUUCGACGCUCCACUGAGCAGUUCUGAACCUUUACUGGUAAACCCCAAACCAGUCAGUUCUGACACUGAUUCAUAUUCUAAAACAACUGAAAAAAGCCAGGCUUCUGAAAGUAUUUCUUCUCUUUUUCCAGCACCUUCAGCGGUAUCUCCUGUCCUGCCUCAUAAAAAGACCAGUUCUUUAAAAUCGAAUGAUAAAAAUGUUGAUCAGUACGAUUAUAAUGAUUCUCCUCCCACAAGAAGCUUAAAGCGAGAACCUGCAGAUCAAGAGGUCAAACAGCAAGAGGACAAAGAUUUGCAGACUUUUGAGAACAAACCAAAAAGCUCUGAUUUGAACAGCAGAGGAACAAAAGGACAGUCUGUAGAAAAGAGCCACUCACUACGGACAUCUCAAGUUAGUUCUUACAUCCCUUCAAACAUGUCUGAUUUUAGUGAGUUAGAAAGCAACACAUCUUACAAAGAAGACCAAAUUGACUUUGAGAUGCCAGACAUUGCUAAUCAGUAUAAACAUGUCAGUGAACUAGUAGUUAACAAACUUCCAGGAUACACAAUGUAAUUACCAAUAAUAAUAACUGAUCAAAGUUAAAUGUCUUUAUUUUUAUAAACAAACAUUUUGUAAUAUUCUGAGUGUUUUUUUACAUUAGCCUUAAUUUAAAGAAUUGCUAUGAAUUGUGUAACAAGUAGACUGCUUUUAUGUGCUGCUGAAUUUUGUACAUUUUCUACAGAAAUAAUCUGUAAACCUUUGGAAGGUUAAAAAAGAAUGCUAUGCCAUUUGUACAACUGAUGAAAUGAGAAAAAGAAAAUGAACAAUUAUAUGUACAUAAACUGAGCUGUGAAGAAUAAGCCCAGAAAUUUUAUCUUUUGUGUGUAUAAUAUAAAAUGUAAAGCUUUUUAGUAAAACACAGUGAUGAAAACAAUGCUUAAUAGAAGAGUGUUAAGAGAAGAAAAAUGGUUUAUGUAAUGUUAAUAUGAAUAGUAAGCAUUGAAUGGUACAUCAAUUAUAAAAAUAUCUGUAAAUAAAAACCCUCAGUUCAAUUGGA